AUGAACUCUCCUCUCAGUCACUAAUCUAAGCCCAACUUUUGUGUUGUAGGGUUGAGUUUGUUCUUCUAAAAUCUUCAAGAUGCCGGCAACAGCGGGUAGGGUUCGUAUGCCAGCAAACAAUAGGGUGCACAGUAGUGCGGCCCUCCAGACUCACAGUAUAUGGCAGACUGCAAUUGGUUACGACCCUUAUGCCCCCAAUAACGUUGAAGGAAGCAACAAGAACGCCCAAGACAGGUCUUCGAACAUGGGAAUGGAAGCUGUGAAUGCCUACGCCAGUUUCCAGGGAUUGCUGGCACUGGCCCGCAAAACUGGUUCCAAUGCUAAUGAGGCUCGUGGAGCAUGCAAGAAGUGUGGCCGUGUUGGUCAUCUCACCUUUCAGUGCCGGAACUUUUUGAGUACUGUUAAGGAUGAUAUUAAGGAGAAAGACCCAGAUGCAUUUGAGGCUGCAAUUUUGUCUGGGUUGGAUAAGGUGAAGGGAAACUGUGGCGAGGCAAAAGGUGGUAGAAAUGCAUUUGAGAGAUUGGAAGAGAAGAGUUCUGAGGAGGAGGAGGAGAAGGAUAGUGAAAGUUCAGAUUCUGACUGUGAUUCAGAAAUUGAGAGGGCUAUUGCUGAGAAAAAUGGAAAUAAUGUGAGAAGUAAAUUGCAGUAUUUAAGACAGAAGAAAGAGGACUUUGAUGAGUAUAACUUGGUUUAUGGGCAUAAGAAGAAAAAGGGUAGGUCAAAUAAGAGAAGUGGGAAGAAGGAACGUACUGACACUGACACUGACAAUGAGGACAAGGAAAGGAGUAAAAGAAGAAAGGAGACGAGGAGGAGGAAGGAUGAGUCACCAGAUGAGGAUGUUCAGUGUAGACAUGUAAGGAGGAAAAGUCAAAAGGAGAAGAGAAAGGGGAGUCAAAGACGUUCUGAUGAUUUAGUUUCAGAGGAUUCAGAGUGCUUUACCAGACGACACAAGCGGAAGGGUAGGAGGGCAGCUUCACCAUCUUUUUCGGAUAUUAGCAGCUCAGAGGAUUCCUCCGUUGGCAGACAAAAAGAGGUACGGAAGAAGAUGAGGAGACACCAUUGUGAAGACGACGACGACUAGUCUUUCUGUGGAAGGGCAGGGCAGGGCAGGGCAUUCCAUUAUAUUGUAUUUGCAGCAGCAGCAGCAAAGCCAGGAAUGGUGUAUGUGUUGCUGAUGGCUGAUGGCUGAUGGCUGAUGAAUUUUGGCUUUGGGGCUCUGUGCUAUCUUAAUCUCAUUCUGUGCGGUGUACAAAUGUAGCAAAAUUUCCUUUCCUUUCCUUUCCUUGUAAAACUUUAUUAAGUUUUGAGCAAUAAGAUGUUGAAGAUUGAAUUCGGACUG